CUAUCCAAAAAUACAACUGUUUAUCCAAAGUAAUAAUAUUAAAUGAAAUUCCGUCAAAGGAAGCAACAUUAAUUCCAAUCGAUAAUGAUGGGUAUACCCAAAAUCAUACAAUACAUAAGUUAAAUUAAAAUGCAAUAAAAUAAUUAUAUAAAAUUCUUACUUCGUUAAAAACACAAUUAAGUAAUCCCUAAAAGGGGAUUUUCUCCACAAGUAUAUCUGUAAUGAAACCAAAGCCAAACUAAACGAGCAGCAUCAUGUAUUGCACCAAAGAUUGCACCUGCAGCCUGUGCCGCGAGUUGCGAGGCUACAAGCCGAGUGGCAAGAAGACGGCUCCUUCCGCCCCCACUUUGCUCAGCAGGAUGCUGAAUGACAACUUCAUCCUGCGACGCCGGGGCAUCUCGCUCAAGAACUUCCAGCCGCAAUCGCUGAGGAACAGCGAGAUGUUGGCUCAGCAGAUGCCGGUGCCACGCCCCCCGCAAACGCCCUCGCCCACGCCCAUCGAGGAGCUGCCCGACUGGGCGACCGAGGACUCCUCGCCGGCGAAGAAGCCCAACCACAAGGUGGUCAUCUACUUCGGGGACUCGAUCCACCGCGGCCAGCAGUCGCCCCUGCCCUCGCCCAAGGAACUCCACUCGCAGCUGCUGCAGGAGAUGUCCCAGAAGCUGAGGAGCAGCGUCACGGAGCAGGGUCCACCGGAGGCGGGGGCGAAGGAGGAGAAGACCGCGCGCGAACCGGAGACACCGACGACAGCCCCGCCAGCGGAUGACGAACUGCCGCCCUACAUUGAGAGCGUGCAGAAUGGCGUAAUUAAUAUCAGAAUUGAAGGCAAUUACCGGCGAGCCAGUGCGCUGGUGGAAACGGUGGCAAAACCCACUCUGGCCGUCGUGGGUCCAACGAAACCCGAUGCAGCCGCCGGCGAUAAUGACGAUGGUGAUGAGGAUGAUGAUAGCGACGACCCUGGCCAAGAUGAGGCGGAGACGGAUUCGUGCGACUGGAGCUACGUUCAGGAGUGGCGGAGGGCCGCGAAACGACCCACUGGCAACUUGCCGCCCAACUUUGGCCAGCACCCGGCUCCCAGCCAGAUGACCGGUUUGCCCCCCGUGCCCCCGCCGCAGUUGCAGUCGCCACCCCAGCAGCAGCACAUACAAUCCCUCUCGCAGACGCCUCUGUCACCACAAAAGGGGCUGGCGGUGGCCAUGGCCACUCCGGCACCCCGAGUCUUCAAGGAGCUGGCCCAGCAGCCGAACAAGGGGAUCCCGCACAAGCUGGUGACCUCCUCCAGUGCCGGACAGGUGGCCUUAACAGGCCAAAUGCCCUCUCCAGUAUCCGCCUCGAAGGCUCUGAUUCCACAGCGGGCGGUGGCGGGUCCUGCUCGCCUGACCGUGCAGAGUACGCCCGUGAAAUCGCAGCCACCCCAACUGAGUGGGAGCCUGAGCCACAGCCAGAGCCAAGUAUCGCCCAGCCGAGCCACUCUGGGGAUCCCCACGCCGGCCAGGACCCACCAGCACGACCAGUUCCGGGCUCUGCAGCGGGUACAGGAGUGCCACAGUUCCUCGGACGAGAACCGCAGCUCCGGACACGCCAGCAUGUCGGACACCGGGGGCCACAGCUCUUCUCCUGCGGGCGGGAUGACCUUGGGUCCCCUGCCCGAGGAUCGCCUGGCGGCGGGAGUGACCAAUAGGAGCACGCGCUCACGGCGCCAUCGUGGCAUCAUGCCGGCUGGAAAGGCUCCUUGGAGUGGAACCGGACUGGAGGACAUCAAGCUGGCCAUGCUGACGCUGCGCUCCCAGACGAGCAGCAGCACCUACAGCAGCCUGAGCGCCGGAUCGGAGAGCUCAGAGCCUGCCCGCCGCCUGGGCAGGUACUCCUCCCUGGAGACGGUCGUGACCAGCACCAGUGCCGACGAGUUCGUGUGGGUGGACUCGCACAACCGGCUGGUGGAGCUGCAGCACCCGCCCUGGAGUCAGCCGUGCAUCCUGAGGGUCCUGCGGAACGGACGCUGCCAGCAGCAGGCGGAGCACCUGGCCGUGGAGGCGGUCUCCCGCUUGGGCUACCUGCUGCAGCGGGCGCUGGUGAGGAUCGCGCGCGAAAUCCAGCGUUUCUCGGCGGGAGUGGGCCUGUGCUCCAAGCAGGAGGUGGCCGGAGCCCUGCGGGUCGUGCUCAGCUCCUCGCUGGCGGACUCCUGCACGAAGGCGUGCCUCAGAGCCGCCGCCAUGUUCGCGGUUCCCGGCGAAAGCGCCCUCAAGCAGAGCAAGUCCGCCCGAGCGGGCCUCCAGUUGUCCGUGGGUCGCUUCUACCGCUGGAUGACGGAUGCCAGGCUGGGGAAAUUCAUCCACGAGUAUGCUGCCGUGUAUCUGUGCGCGGGAAUCGAGAAUCUCCUGGAGGAGAUUGCCCUGCAGUGCAAUGGAAGCACGGCGGCCGCCUUGGAUCAAAGUAUUGCCAGUUCCGGCGAUGUGUGGGGCCUGCUGCAACCGUUUGCCCACCUGAACGCCGGCAGAGUGGCUAGUGGAGCCCUGGCUCUGCCCAGAUGGGCCAGUGUGGCCAGUCUGGCCACCUGCGUGGGCAGUGUUAGGGAGCUGAAGGAGAAGGCCCUGCGCACCCAGCAGGAGUUCCAGUUGGCCGCCGCCCUCUCCGGAUCCGCUCUAGCGGCCCUCUUCUACUUUAUGCGCUGCUCCCAGCUGGAGCACACGGAACUUCUCGCGGCCUCGGGCUGCAAUUCUGGCCAGGCCCACGCAGCUCCUCCGGGGGCGGGAACCUCCUCCGCGGGCCACCACGUCCAGGAGUUGUGCUACGAGCGGGCCUACGUGGUGCUGCCUCCGCUGGCCGAGUGGUUGAGAGUGGCUGCUGCCCACGCCGAGCAUCGGAACGCCCUGAUGAUCGAUAAGGACGACGUGAUGCAGGCGGCCAGACUGCUCCUUCCCGGAGUGGACUGCCCCAUCAGGCCGGUGGCUCAUGACGAGGAGCUGCCCACGAAGAAGACGCACUUCAACAAUGCGCCCGCAGCCAGUUCUACGGGAACGGGAACAGGCAGCAGUAGCUGCAGUUCGCCGGUGGUCAGUGGAAUCGGGAUCGGAAUCGGAGAGGACACCUCCGAGCUGGGCAGGCGAGCCACCAUCGGAGUGGCCUUCAAGCUUCUUCUGACUGGUCGCGCGGAACUGUUGGCCCAGGCCGCCCAGCUUUUACCGCCGACCACGCGGUACGACACCCAAAACAGUGCCGGACUGACCGCCCUGAUGAUCGCCAGCAUCCGGAAUGACGAGGUGGCUCUGCACGCCCUGCUGGACGCUGGAUGCGAUCCCAACGUGGAGGUUCCGCCUGCCGGGAGCGCUGGCCACCCGGCCAUUCAGCCGGACACGCAGCACUGGACGGCACUAAGUUUCGCCGCCAGCAGGGCCAACUACGUGGCCCUGAGGAUCCUCUUGGAACGGGGCGGCAAGGUGGAAGGCGGGGCCAGGAGCAGCGAGGAGAAGUGCACUCUGACCCCCCUCCAGUUGGCCGCCGGCACGGGCAACCUGGAGAUCGUGGCCUUGCUGCUGGCCCACGGGGCCAAUGCCUUCCUGUCCACGCAGCAGAAGGAUUCACUGUGCUUCGCGGGAUCUGCGCAAAAGGGUUGCUUCUGCGCCAUUUCCGUGGCUGCUGCCCACGGACAUCGAUCGUGUCUCCGCAAACUCCUGACCCACCCCGUCUCACCCGGAACGCGAGAUGUACUCUCGCUGGAGGAGAUGCUGGCCGAGGGCGAUGUGGGUGGGGUGAGGGGAGGAGGAGCCGGUGGCCCCGGAGGAGCUGGGGGUCCCAGCAGUAGCAGUGGCAACAGCGAGGACUUGCUUCCGCUGCUCAACAAGACGCAGAUCAAGCGACUCCAGGAGGCCAUGUACCACAGUGCCGAGAACAACCACUUGGAUAUAACCAUUGAGCUGCGGAAACUAGGUGUUCCAUGGACUCUGCACUGCUGGAUGCACGCCCUUUCGGCGGCCCACGAUUUGCGACUGGAUGCGGUCAUAGAUCAGUUGCUCCAGGACUUCCUGCAGGUGUGUCCCGACGACUACAGCGCCCAGUUUGUGAGCGAGUGCCUGCCCCUGCUGUUCAACAUAUUCCGGAACAAGAACGAGGGCACCACCCUCCUGCUGGCGGACAUCUUCGCCACCUGCUUCGGCUGGGAGACACUGCCCCCGGUGAAGGAACAACCGCCGAUGCAGCCCGUCCAGGGAUCCCGCAUCGAUCCCAAGUUCGUAAACAAUCCGGAACUCAGCGAUGUGACCUUCAGAGUGGAGGGCAAGAUCUUCUACGGACACAAGAUCGUCCUGGUCACCGCUUCGCCGCGCUUCCAGAGCAUGCUGAGCUCAAAACUAAGCGAGGCCAGCUCCACGCCCACGGUCCAGAUCAACGACAUCCGCUACCACAUCUUCCAGCUGGUGAUGCAGUUCCUCUACUGCGGCGGCUGCAGCUCCUUGGACGUGGCCCACGGCGAUGUCCUGGAGCUGAUGGCAGCGGCCAGCUUCUUCCAGCUGGAGGGAUUGCUGCGCUACACGGAGGCACGGUGCUCGGAAAUGGUGGACGUGGACAAUGUGGUGGCCAUGUACAUUCACGCCAAGGUCUACAAUGCCUACCGCCUGCUGGAGUACUGCCAGUGCUUCCUGCUCCAGAACAUGGUGGCCCUGCUCACCUACGACGACUCCGUGAAGCGCCUGCUCUUCGCCAAGAAGAUCCCCAACCACGAUGUGCUCGCCGGAUUGCUGCAGACGCUCCAGAACCGUUUGAAGACCCGCAAACCCAACUCGGGCGGUGGCCUGGUCAACUCCUACCGGUCGCCCCCGGCCACGCCCGUCAAGAAGUGAAGGAGCCACGGCCCCACUUUCUCGACAGAAUCCAAUUCUUAUUUAUUGCAUUGUUUUUAAUUUAAUCUUUGAGCUUUUAUGUAUUAUAAUGAUUCCCCCGCCCGAUCCUGACGUCCUUCGCCCUGUCCUUAGUUGUAUUUUUGUAUUUUCAAUUUGUUCAGCGCACUGUUAACCUUUACGAACCCCAGGAUGGCCGAGCAGGCGGUCCUCUAGCUAUUAUUUUGUAGUUGAAAUUGUUUCUGCAUUAAAUGAAGAAAGUAAAAUUAUGUUCACCAA